GCCAAGGUAUCUUUCGCUUCCUUCUUGAGAAGCCGAAGCACCGCCAAUUUCUUUGUUCUGAGCUGAGUGGAGACAAGGACAUGAAGAGCAUCCCUUGCUGACCAUUGUCUAUCCCGUAGCUAUCUUUAUUUGGAAACGGUUGUCUUGUACUGUACUAGAAGGGGCAAGAUGAUGUCGAUCAGAGCUGGUGUGAUUCGGUCUGCUAUGGCUGUCUCCACAAGACGAUUAUCGAUACCCAUUACACAAACUGCAAGGGUCACUUCCGCCAACCGACUCUACCAGGGAUAUUCCAAACAAUGCUACACCACGAGCACUGUGGCGUUGUCAUCAUCAUCCGAACUGUCGAAGUACUAUCACGUUGAAGUCUCCAAUGCCGAUCGACCCGAUGCUACCCGAAUCACCGUCCGAGGACCAGAUGUGGAUGGGAUUUUGGCGUCCAUGACGGUCGCGUUGGCGCAAGAAGGAUGCAGUUUGAAGGAGUUGCAUGCUGGUUACGCCAAAACCGAAACCGUCUCUUAUGAGCAAAAGGGACGCAAAGAUGAUCAAAUUGAAGACAUUUUUUACGUGGCACAACACUCCACGGGAGAACCUUUUCCCGACGAUGCCUUGCAGGAUUUGGGGUUGAGCCUGCUGGCAUCCCUACGAACGCCCAUGGUGUGCUUGUCGGGGAAACAGACACAGGUAGAUUUGAAACAAGAACAUCAUCAAGAACAUGACCACGAAAAUGAUCAGAUUACCAUUGUCAAAUCCAAGUAAUAAAUGUGUUAAAAGCAGCAAUUGACAGCCCCCCAGAGCUUGGCGGAUUUUUGGAGCAGACGGAAAACCUCCCCAUGAGACGAAAACAAAGAAACAGUUUUGAAAUGAGAGAGAAAUUAGGUGCUUCGCAGAAUGCACCGUGGGUACUAAUUUUAUAUUACCAUUAGUUUAGAACUUGCUAUUAGUACUAUAC